AACGCAUGUCGCCUCGCUGCAACCCACCGAGUGAGCCGGUCUUAUAAGUCGCCCAGAUGGCGUCUCCGCCCAAUGCUGAGCCGCCACGGCGUGCAGCAGCAGCAGCAGCAACCUCCAGCUCCAGCUCCAGUUCCGGUUCCAGCUCCAGGGACGAGGGCGCAGGCCUAUCGCAGUCACUCAGCCAGCUGUCACUGGGCCAGCGUGGCCCGCGAUCUCCCGGGCUCUCGCCAUCGCAACCGCCCUCGACGCCCUUAAAUCCCCCUCGCCAUGCCUCUCCCUCUGCCUCUCCCUCUGCCCGCGCUCCCUCACUCAGUCCCUCAGGCAGAGAGUCGCGAACUGCAACCCCCACCCUCGUCCGCAAAGCCUCGAUGAACUCCCUGCACUCGGCCAGUGGCGUCGGCCCUUCGCGGCCACUGUCCAGGCGCUCCAGCCUGCAGCAGGUUGUGUCACCAGGCUUGAGGGCGUCGUUUGGAAAUCCCGAGCCCGAGUGGCGCCCCCCGGUGACGGCCAGCUCCGUGGCCAGCGGCCACUUCAAGGAUGAGCUCGAGGCCCAUCACGGCCCCGUGUCCACACUCUACACCGAGACUGUUGUCGUCCUCAAUGAUGCCGUCUACGGCCAUCGCUUCUCGCGCCCACGCACCCCCAAGAGCGCUCUUAACACCAUUGUCGAGCGUCCUGAGCGCAUCAAGGCCAGUGUCUUGGGUGUGUCUGCGGCCUAUGUUCGUCUCGGUGAGCGUCACAGCGACGGCGCGCUGCCCAUCUUGCCCAAGAGCAAUGUCCACAUGCUGCCCAGCAUCCCCUUUCGCAUCCACAAGACGGACCGGAGGCUGUCACUGCUGUCCCCUGCCGUCACCAAUGUACAUGGUACCAAAUGGAUGGAGGAGUUCAAGAUGAUGUGCGAGUCGGCCGAGGCGGUCUUGGCUCGUGGAGGAAAGGAGCUGCAGAGGCCGUCCAUAACCCGAGGCCCCGACCAUGCUGCUCCCGAAACGCUGCACGAGGGCGACCUGUACCUCUGCAACCAGUCGCUGGAGGCCAUUGAGGGUGCCCUGGGCGCAGUGUGCGAGGGCGUCGAUGCCGUCUUCUCUGCUGGGCCCCGGCGUGCCUUUGUUGCCGUACGGCCUCCGGGACACCAUUGCUCUGCCAACCUCCCGUCAGGCUUCUGCUGGGUCAACAAUGUCCAUGUGGGAAUCAUGCACGGAAUCCUCAACCAUGGCUUAACGCACGCCGCCAUCAUCGACUUUGACUUGCACCACGGAGAUGGCUCCCAGGCCCUUGCCUGGGCGCACAACUCUCGGUCCAUGGCCGCCACCAAGAAUCAUGCCGCCUGGAAGAAGACGUCCAUUGGCUACUUUAGCUUGCACGACAUCAACUCCUAUCCCUGUGAAAACGGAGACGAUGACAAGAUUAAGAAUGCCAGCAUCUGUAUCGAGAAUGCGCAUGGACAAAACAUCUGGAACGCCCACCUCCAACCCUGGAAGACAGUUGAGGAUUUCUGGGAUCUUUAUGAGACUAAAUACUCGAUACUUCUCGACAAGGCACGCAGCUAUCUGAGAGGCCAAGCGGAAAAGCUACAAGACGCAGGCGUCAAUCCGCGAGCCGUCAUCUUCCUGUCCGCUGGCUUUGAUGCGAGCGAAUGGGAGAGCGCAGGAAUGCAGCGCCACAAGGUCAACGUGCCCACUGAGUUCUAUGCUCGCCUCACCCAAGACGUUGUCCGCCUUGCCGCCGAGGAGGGCCUCUGCGUCGACGGCCGCAUCGUCAGUGUCCUGGAGGGUGGCUAUAGCAACAGAGCACUGACCUCCGGCAUCAUUAGCCAUCUCAGUGGUCUCGUGGGGAAGCAGAACGUGCCGCACCGGAGCCGGCUUUCUUUCCCGCAAGGUGCCUACGAUGAAGAAGAAGACAAGCACAUCCCGCACUCCCCGGCUUCGAUUAACCCGUACGAUCCCUCAUGGUGGUCGGCUGGAGAAAUGGAGAAGUUGGAGGCCGCGGUAGCGCUGCCCGAUAUCACGCCGAAGAAGCCGCAUGUGGUUACGCCCCCAACCUACUGUACGCCGACGCAGGCGUCUACGGCCAGGGCUGUGGACCCCCUCAGGAUGCGACGAAGCAUGUCGACUCUGGUCAACAGGUCGACUGUCUCCAGCCGCUCUCCAUCUCCCUCGCCCCCCGAGGUUCCAUGGACGAUUGCUGCUAGCGAGCUUUCGAAGCUCCUCAUCCCACGAGAUCGCCAAACCGACAGCUGCACCUUUGAGGAAUUGAACGCCGAUGCGGCACGGGUACGACGAGACAGGCAGUCUGCUGGCGUUCCGGAACUCGAUCGAUCAGCUUCAAGGAUGUCGCUUCGCGACCGCAAGCCCAGGGUUAUCGACCCCAUCCAAGAGGAGAACCAGUCCCGGCAGACGAGGGACCGAAGCAAGACUGUAGCCACCGCGACACUUGCGGCAGAAAAGGCGACCGCUCGCGGACAGACGCCACAACCCCUUAUUGGCACGCCUCCAAAGAAGACCAGUCGACGACUAACCGCCUCGUCGGCUGUUCCUACGCAACGCAGUGUUUCUCGUACCGCAACAUCUAGUCAGGAUUUGCCGCUUCGGCCUUCAACCUCUGCGGGGCCUAUCGCCGGGAGGCCUCUCUCAGUUGCAGGAAACCAGGCCCAGAGCUCUGGCUCUACCGGAAGAAUCACCGUCAGAAAGUCGCGGCCCACCUCGUCCAACGGCGAACCUGCCCUUAGGUCGCCCAUGCUUGAAGCCGGAAAGGAAGCUCUUGCGGAAAGAACUACGGCACCUGCAGUAUCAAGGCUGGACGCUACUAUUGACGACAUGGAUAAGAUCACCAAGGGGAUCAAGAAGAUCAAGAUCAACCUGAUCACCCAGUCGCAGAAGGAGGCCCGGGAGAAGGCCCGCCUUGAAGCCGAAGCCGCAGCUGCAGCCGCUACUGCAUCCGGAGAGCUGCGUCCCUCCACCCUGUCAACGCCCAACUUGGAGCACUCUACGCCCCGCACUGUUUCUCCCGAAGCGAGACAGGCCGUUCCCAACGUGAGCUCGCCUCGCUCGGCCAAAGCCAUGGAUGAGGCCCACGAGUUCUUCCAGUACCAGCCUGAAGGCCCACCCCCGGUGUCCGUUUCGUCCCAGGAGCCGCUUAAGUGGCUUCCCCCUUCGCUCCCAGCCGGGCCCCCGGCUGUACAACCCGGCCUCGUGAAGAAGAGCAGCACGCUUUUCCAGUAUGGCGGCAGCGGCACCAUUCCCUUUGCUAAGCAGCCAGCCAACCGAGACCCGUCCCCUCAAAAGGUUCAGAGGAAGCCCAGCGGUCCUCUCCGGCCUGCACCGAGGUCUCCACCCAGGAAAUAG